AUGAUUGAUACAUUUGCAUCAAUUGUGAAGGAAGAAAUAGCUGAAAACAUAAAAUCUUGCCAUUACUUUACUGUUCAAGCCGAUGAAGCCAAGGAUGUGAGCAAAACUGAGCAAUUAGCACUAGUAGUACGAUUUUAUAAUGAAAUCUCACACUGUAUUCAGGAAUGUUUUAUUUCAUUCACUCCCAUGUCUUCAUUGGAUGCUGCAUAUAUCACAGGUAUAAUACUGAAAACUUUAGAAAAAUUAGGCUUAGAUUAUAAAUCUUCUCUUGUUGGCUUGGGAUUUGAUGGAGCAUCAGUCAUGAGUGGAGGAAUUAGUGGCGUUCAGAAACGUAUAAAAGAGAAAGCGCCUUUUGCUUCUUAUCUUCAUUGUUAUGGUCAUAAGCUCAAUUUGGUUUUGACAAUUGUUGCAAAGAAUGUACCACAAUCAUCUGAAUUUUGCAGUCUUCUGGAAGAAGUCUAUCUUGUUAGUAAUGCAGUGGUUCGUGAGAAGUUCCUUUCUAUACAGCGUGAAAUGUCUCCUGAAGAACAAAUUCGAGAACUUCAACAUCUCAGUGAUACCCGCUGGUGGUGUCGCACUACCUCUUGUGAAAAUGCUUUGUUACAUCUGGAAUGUAUUAUAAGACUUUUGAAGGAGACUUCUGCAGAUGAUACUGGAGCUCGAGCUGUAUCUGCUAGAGGUUUACUUGCUCAGAUGGAUGCAGAAUUUGUUUGUUUAUUGAAGUUUUUCUCUGAAAUUCUAGGAAAUAUAAAUAAAGUAUCUCAGCAGCUGCAGGACAAACAGGCAGACCUUGGAAAAGCAACUAAACUUAUUUCUUGUCUUCGUGAAGAUUUAGCUGAUCUCUGUCCUGCAGGACAGACGUUCUUACAUAAGGAUGACUUGAAGUCAUUUGCUUUAUCAUAUUCAGUUAAACAAAGUGAUUUAAAACACGAGCUACCUUCAGUCAAGAAAUUGCUCCAGAAAGAACUUCAGCCACCUACAUCAUUGGUGGAGUUUUUGUCAUUUAAUCAUCCAUAUAAAUCUGCCUUUGACUGCUUAUACAGGUUACUAUUGAUAGCUGUAACACUUCCUGUUACUAGUGCUUCUUGUGAAAGAAGUUUUUCCAAAAUGGAAAUAGUUAAAACAUUUCUUGGAAAUUCAGUGACAAGUGAGAGACUAAGUAACACUGCAUUAUUAUCAAUUGAAAGUAAAUGGGCUGAGACCAUCUUUGUUGCAAAUGGAGACACAUAUUUGGAGAUUAUGGGGCAAUAUUUGUGA